AAUUAUUAAGUAUAAAGAAUAAAAUGUCUGACGAUGAAGUGAUCCGCUUUGAAAUAACAGAUUAUGAUCUGGAUAAUGAGUUCAAUCCACACAGAAGUAGAAAAGCAAAGAAGGAGCAACAAAUUUAUGGUGUCUGGGCAAAAGAUAGUGAUGAGGAGGAUAACGAAGACAAUGUUAGACAAAGAGUCAGGAAGCCCAAAGAUUAUUCUGCACCUAUUGGAUUCAUUGCUGGCGGAGUACAGCAAGCAGGCAAGAAGAAAGAUGAAACCAAAGAACUACAGCAAUCUGGUGCAUCAACGUCCAAACCACAGUAUGUCAAUAGUUCUGAUGAGGAGGAUGUUCCGGAACCUCACGAGACGGAAACAGCCGGUAUCCGCCGGGCGGGACAAGGGAUGAGAGCACCCAACCUCGGGGGAAAUGUCGGAGCUUGGGAGAAGCAUACUAAGGGUAUUGGAGCUAAGCUAUUGUUGCAGAUGGGUUAUCAACCUGGUAAGGGUUUGGGGAAGGACCUUCAAGGUAUAUCGGCGCCCGUGGAAGCCACACUCAGGAAAGGCAGAGGGGCAAUCGGUGCUUAUGGACCAGAGAAGUCAGCACAAAAGGCCAAGAAAGAGGAGGAGCGACGUCUCAAAGAGAAAGAAGAUCAGGACAAGACUAAAACUGAAAAGAGCUACAACUGGAAGAAGUCGCAUAAGGGUCGCUACUUCUACAGAGACGCGGCGGACGUUAUACAAGAGGGUAAACCGACAAUGCAUACUAUUAGCAGUAACGAACUAUCUCGCGUGCCGGUGAUCGACAUGACGGGUCGCGAGCGGCGCGUACUAAGCGGGUACCACGCGUUACGCGCCGCCGCCCCGCGGUACGAACACGAGCCGCGUCGCCAGUUGAACAACUUUGCUGCGCCCGCGCUGGUACAUAACUUGCAGUUGGUGCUGGAUUGCUGUGAGCAGGAUAUCAUCCAAAAUGAACGCGAACUCAGACAAGCGGAAGACGAGAUCGUAGUACUAGAAAGAGAUUUGGAAGACUGCAACAUACAGCUGAAGGAACAGGAUGAGGUUAUUGAUAAAGUGGAGGCGAUACUGCGCCGAGUGGAGCGGCUCAAGCACGCUGAUGUGUCGCUGGAGACGGCUUACGAGGUGCUGGCUGAUUUGAAGGAAACUUUCCCCCAGGAGUACGACGUGUUCGGUCUAGGCACUAUCGGCGGUAACAUAGUGUCGCCGUUAUUCAGUGCGUUACUGGCCAAGUGGGAUCCGUUACAGCAGCCCGACCAGCCCGUAGCCACGUUCGUCAAGUGGCGCCCUCUACUCACCGAGGAGUCUUACAACACGUUGCUGUGGCAACACUUCGUGCCCAGUAUUACGGCGGCUGCUGAGAUAUGGAACCCCCGCAACCCGGCGCCCAUGGUGCGCGUGUUCGAGUCCUGGUCUGCGGCGUGCCCGCUGUGGCUCGCGCGCUCGUUCGCCGGCCGCUGCGUCGCGCCGCGCCUGCUGGCGGCCGUGCGCGAGUGGGACCCCACCCGGGACACGCAGCCGCUCCACGACUGGGUGCUGCCGUGGCACGAGCUGGCCGGUGAAACUCUCCAAGCACAAACCUACCCCCUCAUUCGGUCGCGUCUGUCAAGUGCGUUAUCAGCGUGGCACCCGGCGGACAGUUCCGCGCGGCCGUUGCUGGCGGCGUGGCGGCACGCUUGGGGCGCCGCCCUCACGCCGUUGCUGCAUCAUCAUGUGCUGCCCAAGCUUGAGCAUUGUCUCCAGGCCGCGCCGAUUGAUCUGCUGGGAGGAGCUACUGAAUGGUGUCCUGCUUGGACUUGGUGUGUGCCGUGGAUAGACCUGAUCGGUGCGCCAACUAUCGCGGCGCUGGCAGGUCGAGCGCUGUUGCCGCGUUGGCUGGCGGCGCUAGCGGCGUGGCUGAAUAACGCGCCGCCUCACGCCACCGUGUUGACGUCGUAUACGCACUUUAAGAAAAUGUUCCCUGAAGAGAUUCUCAAGGAGCCCAUUGUGAGAGAUGCUUUCAGAAAGGCAUUGGACAUGAUGAACAGAAGUACAGAUAUCGAUACAGUGGAACCGCCUCCUCCGCCAAGAUUCACGAUGCCAGAACCCAAAGAAACGUCCAGAAUUAGUGACAUUGUAGCCUCCACGGCUCAAGCCAAGAGUUUCAGUGAACUCCUAGAAUCUAGGUGUAUAGAAAAGGGCAUUACCUUCGUACCAAUAGCCGGGAAGACUAGAGAAGGGAGACCGCUUUACAAGAUUGGGAAUAUGCAGUGCUAUGUGAUAAGAAAUGUGAUUAUGUACUCUGAUGACGGUGGAAGAGUCUUCGGGCCGAUUGGUCUCGACAAGUUAUUGAAUAUGGUGGAUGAAUAAAGUAAGUUUAGCAAU